GUCAGUCCCACCACCACCACCACCACCACCACCACAAGUACCUCGUCCAUUCUCCUCCCGAAAUACACGCGCACGAAGAAAAACAAACCUCAAAAAUUUUCAAUGGCCUCCGAGAUAUCCCAGGACUUCUCCCCCUUCCUCCGCAUCUACGAGGACGGCCGCAUCGAGCGCCUCAUCGGCACCGCCACCGUCCCCGCCUCCCUCGACGACGAACAGACCGGCGUCGCCUCCAGGGACGUCGCCAUCUCGUCCGACCCCGCCGUGUCCGCCAGGCUCUACCUCCCCUCCGGCCGCCCCGAGAAGCUCCCCCUCCUCGUCUACUUCCACGGCGGUGGCUUCUGCAUCGAGACCGCCAGCUCCCCGACGUACCACAACUACCUGAACGCCGUCGCCUCCGAGGCCGGCGUCGUCGUCGUCUCCGUCGAGUAUCGCCGAGCGCCCGAGGACCCUCUCCCCGCGGCCUACGAUGACUCCUGGGCCGCCCUCAAGUGGGUGGCCUCCCACGCGGCCGGGGACGGCCCCGACGAGUGGCUCAACGAGCACGCCGACUUGAAGAGGGUGUUCCUCGCCGGCGACAGCGCGGGGGCUAACAUAGCGCACCACAUGGGGUUGAGGAUCGGGUCCGACAAACUGGACGGCCUGGCGUUUGCGGGGAUUGCGCUGGUGCACCCGUUCUUCUGGGGGAGCGAGCCGGUGGGGACGGAGUCGACGGAGGCCGGGAGGCGGGCUUGGACGGUUGGGUUCUUGAAGAUGACGUGCCCGACGAUCAGCGGGGCCGACGACCCGAUCAUAAACCCGGCAGCUGACCCGGGUCUGGGGCGUUUGGGAUGCGGCAAGGUUCUGGUGUUCGUGGCGGAGAAGGACGGGCUGAGGAGCAGAGGGUGGUACUACGAGGAGGUGCUGAAGAAGAGCGGGUGGAGAGGGAGCGUGGGGGUGGUGGAGACGAAGGGCGAGGAUCACGUGUUCCAUCUGAUGAAUCCGAGCUGCGAGAACGCCGUGGAUCUGAUGAAGAGAUUGGUGAAGUUCUUGAACGAGUGAAAAGUUGUCGUUGUCUAAUUUCGGCCGUAUGCUGGACGAUUGGAUGGUAGCUUGUCGCUUUUGUGUGCUUUUCUAUGUCAUUUUUUUUUAAACUUUUACUUGUUUCGUUUCGUUUGGAUUUGAAUGUGCAAGCCUGCGAGGGCGAAAUUUAUUGUACUGUUUUAUUAACUUUGUCGAGGUGAUAGAUUCGACAUGUCAAUGGAAUGUGACGGUACUUUCGAGCUCAAUAAGAUCGGUGUCUUGUGCAAA